ACCUCCCACGUGGCCUCGCCAAUCGCCAUCUACCCUAUUCCCCGGGCAUCGGAGACCGGGACGCCCAAGGAUGGACCGCCUCGUCCUCUUCUCCCGCCGCCGCCGCCGCUGGAUCCUCCUCACCGCGGCCGGUGCAGCGGCGGCUGUCGGCGCGUACAAGAUCUACCACCAUCCGGUCGUCGCGGAGCGCCGCCACCGCCUCGUGCGCCUUGCCGCCGCCGUCGCGGCCAUCGCCGACGCCGCCACGUCGUCCGCCGACGCGGCGGCCCUGGUGGUCUCCGAUCUCGCCGACUUCGUCCGGUCCGACGCGGACGAGGUCCCCCGCAGCGUCAAGCAGCUGGCCAAGCUCGCUGCCUCCCCCGAGGUCUCCGCCACCGUCUCCACCCUAUCCGAGGCAGUAACCUCCGGGAUGUUCCGCGGGGCGGGAUCCUCUAGCUCCGGGCCCGGAUCCGGCGGUACCGUGGCCCUCUCCGAUCGUUUCGUAGACAAGCUCUUCUCUGAUUCAGGCGAGCGUCUCGCGUCCGCGGUUGCCGGAAGCUUCGCUCGCCAUCUCGUGCUCGCCUAUUACUCCGCUCCUUCACCUCAGGGGGAGGCGUCCUCCUCCCCGACGGUGUGGGUCAACGUGGUCGCGACUGGAAAGUGCCGGAAGGCGAUAAGCACCUGGGUUGAGGUCUUCGUGGGCACCGCGGUUAGGGAGUUCAUUGACAAGACCAUCCACAUCAACACCUACGAACAGAUCUUCGAAGGGCUCACCAAUCCGAAACAUGAUGCCAAGGUCAAGGAAUUGCUUGUUUCAGUGUGCAAUAGUGCGGUUGAGACUUUGGUGAAGACCACUCACCAUGCCCUGUACAAUACUAAUGACAACUUGGAUGCAAAUGAUAGUUGUAGUGGCAGUGGCAAUGGCAAUGGAGUUGGGGAAGGUUGGGUGGAGAGGGUGUCGAGCACAUUGGCAGUUCCUAGCAACAGGAAGUUUGUGCUUGAUGUUACAGGGAGGGUCACAUUUGAGACGGUGAGGUCAUUUCUGGAGUUUGUUCUUUGGAAGCUACAAGAUGGGGCAAGGAAGGGUGGUGACUCUAUGGUUGACAGUGGGCUGCGUGUCGUGAGGUAUAUGAGCGAUAAGUCAAUGGUUAUCGCUACGAUCUGCAUUACAUUGUGCUUGCAUGUGUUGAAUGGGACUAGGCUCUUGGUAGCAGCUUAAAGAGCGUAAUCGUUUGCCUUUCCUAUUUUUGCACAUUGUUUGUAUAAAACUGUAGGAACCAUACUUAAACUGUAAAUCAGAAAAGAGUGGAAAGAAGAUCAAUUAUGCAGCAUAAGUCUGUUAUGCAUGUAUACUUGAGAUUGGUCUGCACGACUUUAGUGAGCGAGAUGUUGAUCUGUAGUACUGCCUGGGAUUAAUUGGCAUUUAGAUGCCUGCUGUUAUUGAAGCCUUUUUUUUUAAAAAAAACAAGUAUAGCAUUACUAAUAUUGUGGGGGGUCAAGUUGGACCACUAAAUUAUGUGCUUUUGUAUCUUGUCACCAAUGAUGUAAAAAGCUUGCCUUUUCACGCCAUUAUUGAAUUAUGUAAGAUCUCAAGUUUGUUUUCAAUGAUACGAGUUAUUUACUCGCUUGGGGUUUAAGU